UAUUUGGUUUUAUUUACGUCAACGCCAUGCACUCGAUUCCAGAGGUGCCCAUUUGCGUGCAGGAUGUGCAGCCCAAGCGCCGUUUCAGCAUACGGUUGGCCCCUUUGCUCGCUGCUGGCCACGCUUCUGUACCGGUGGCAAUCAUCUUCUACCUCUUCCUGUCACUCCUCACAGACUAUGAGGGCACCACGUACACCGCGUGCACCAGGCUGAACGUGUUUCCAUCUCUGUCGGCAGUGGCCAGGUCCCAGCACAUUGGCUGGCGGAUUACCUGCUGCACGAACUUGCCUUUUGGUCUGUUCACCAGCUGGCUCUACUCUCGCUACUAUCGACGAAUUCUACCGCGCAAGGUGCGCCCCUUUGGCUGCCUCUUGGCUCUGUUACUGGUGCAGACCUCAUGCAGCUUUUUCCUGUGGGGCAUGUAUCCCAAUAUUGCGGGCGAAUCGACGCUUCACAGAGCGGUGGCCAUCUCCCUGUUUGUGUCUUGCGCCAUCGUAAUGGCCGGAUGCUAUAUGCUCCACAAGUACUAUAUCUGCGUGGACAAGCAGUCACAGCAGCAGCUGGCCUACGGGCUGAAGUGCAAGCUGGUCGUCACCUACUUCGCCGCUGUGCCCAUCAUGUGGUGCUGCUACUUUCUACACGAGCACUUCUGCUUUCCCUUUGCUUAUUCCGUGUUUGGUGUCUGUGAGUUUGUCAACAUUUGCAGCACCUUCCUCUACCUGGCCACCUGUUACUUUGACUUCUACAAUGUGCACAUCUGCCACGACCAGCGUUUGGGCUUCUUCCUCAGCGAAUUCUGAUUCAGAUCUUAUUGAAUAUUGUACAACAAAUAAUAAACACUUAGACUACAUU